AUGUUCCCCAAAGGCAAAGGCAGCCCGGUACCUUCGGACGGCCAGGCGCGAGAAAAGUUGGCACUCUAUGUCUAUGAGUAUUUACUACACAUAGGGGCACAGAAGUCUGCACAGACAUUUCUAUCUGAGAUCCGGUGGGAGAAAAACAUAACUCUUGGUGAACCUCCUGGAUUUCUACAUUCCUGGUGGUGUGUAUUCUGGGACCUGUACUGUGCCGCACCGGAGAGGAGGGAGACAUGUGACCACUCCAGCGAAGCGAAAGCCUUCCAUGAUUACAGUGCAGCAGCAGCUCCAAGUCCUGUCAUGGGAGGGAUGCCUCCAGGAGAGGGCAUGCCAGGAGGACCCAUGCCACCAGGCUUUUUCCAGGGUCCACCUGGUCCCCAGGGCUCUCCUCACCCUCAGCCUCCUCCCCCUAACAGUAUGAUGGGACCCCACAGUCAGUCUUUCAUGUCCCCAAGAUUUGCUGGGGGUCCUAGAGGCCCGCCCAUUCGCCUUGGUAAUCAGCCUCCGGGUGGUGGACCAGGUCAUCCCAUGCUGCCCAAUAUGGACCCCACUCGACCACAAGGACAUCCUAAUCUUGGUCCAAUGCAGAGAAUGAGUGGUCCUCGAGGCAUGGGGCCAAUGGGACCUGGACCACAGAACUUUGGGGGUGGAAUGAGACCUCCUCAUAACAACAUGGGCCCUGGAAUGCCCGGCGUGAACAUGGGUCCAGGGACUGGUCGGCCAUGGCCCAAUCCAAAUAAUGCCAAUUCUAUGCCUUACUCAUCACCUUCUCCUGGCGCUUAUGGGGGGGCAUCUGGUGGGGGUGGACCUCCGGGAACUCCCAUCAUGCCAAGCCCAGCAGACUCUAAUAACUCUGGCGACAAUUUAUAUACAAUGAUCAACACUGGACCUGGAAACCGAAAUAAUUUCCCUAUGGGCCCUGGCUCUGAUGGGCCUCUGGGAGCCAUGGCUGGGAUGGAACCGCAUCACAUGAAUGGAUCAAUGGGGUCUGGUGACAUGGACUCACUGAGCAAGAAUUCUCCAAACAAUUUAAGUGGCAUUAGCAAUCCUCCUGGGACGCCAAGGGAUGAUGGGGAGCUCAGUGGAAACUUUCUUCACUCCUUCCAAAGUGAGAAUUAUUCUCCCACCAUGACGAUGAGUGUGUGA